AUGGAAUUUGCAUACGUCCAACCUAUGACAGACCUCACGGAGGACAUUAGACGAGAGAUUGGACAGCACUUUGUCUUCGGGUUUCAUGGGCACGACGUCAACGACGAUAUCAGGAUACUGAUCUGUGACUAUUUCCUCGGAAAUGUAAUACUCAUGAAACGGAAUGUCCAAAGCAUCGUGCAAGUCCGUGCUCUCGUUCGCAAGCUUCAGCUGCUUGCGAAGGAGGCUGGGCACAAGCGUCCACUCAUGAUCGGUAUCGAUCAAGAGAACGGCCUUGUCUCAGCGUUCAGUCUGUCGUUUACAGACGAUGCUGGCACACAAUUUCCUGGUGCCAUGGCUCUCGCUGCAUCUGGUUCCCCCGAACUAGCUGAGCGUGUUUCGCAUGCAAGCGGACGGGAGCUACGAUUAGCGGGUAUCCAUUGGGCCUACAGCCCUGUAGCGGAUAUUAACUCGGAUCCAAGAAACCCAGUUAUAGGCGUGCGCUCGUAUGGUGAUGACCCGAAUGAGGUUGCUCUCUACGUCCAGGCAGUAAGCCGCGGUUUGAUAUCUGCGAAAAUCGCACCAUCGGCCAAACAUUUUCCAGGGCACGGAAACACGCAUAUUGAUUCACAUCUCAAUCUUCCCCGCAUAAUGACCUGCCAAAAAGACCUGGCAGCGACAGAGCUCGUCCCGUUCCAAGCCCUGGUGGAUAGCGGCAUUCCUAGCAUAAUGACGGGACACAUGGCUCUCCCGCUCAUCACAGACGAUGAUACCCCCUGCUCCCUGUCGAGGCAGAUCACCACUGGUCUCUUGCGCGAAGAGAUGGGCUUCAAAGGCGUCAUUGUCACCGACUGUCUCGAGAUGGAGGCCGUCGCGAGUAAAUAUGGAGCUGAAGGCGGUGCUGUCAUGAGUCUGCAGGCGGGCGCAGACAUCGUCAUGAUCUGUCACCAAUACAGCCGUCAUAUGGGAGCAUUGGAAGCAGCGUACACUGCUGUGCGAGAGGGAAAACUGUCGAUUGACGCAUUGCGCGUUAGUGGCGUUAGGAUCAACGCUCUGAAGGACGAGUUCGCAGGGGCUUGGGAUGACGUGUUCUCGUCGGGGUUGGAGCCCGAUGAGCUGUCUCGCCUGAAGCAGGAGAAUAUUUUGCUCGCCCAGCACGCGUACGCUCGAUCAGUCGCUGUCAUACGCGAUCCUGUCGGCACCCUUCCUCUCAGCACCAACGGCCACGCUGUCCUAUUCACUCCGCGUAUGGAGAGCAUCAACCUCGCUGUAGACGAUGCCGAGGGCAAGCUUCGUGACAGCCAGAGACGUCUGCGGAACACGGCGGGUCCGUCAUACCAAGCCUUCGCCGCCUCGAUCUCACAGCGAGUACUAGUUCCUGUGAAGCACAUCGUCUACGCGCCAGACGAAGAGAUCUCGGACUCGAUAAAAGAGAGCCUCCGGGCAGCUACAUCAGUCAUCUUUGCAACCCGUAAUGGCCUCGACCAUGGCGAGUGGCAAAUUGGUGUCGUGCGCAGGGUUGUCGAGACUGUGGAUUCAAGCAAGCUUGCUCUGGUCUCGACAUGCGCACCGUACGAUCUUUUGGCUAUGCAAGGAGUCAAUGCGCCUUGUCUCGCUACGUUUGAAUUCACUGUCCCAGCAUUGAGAGCGGCAGUGGCAGUGAUUUUCGGCGAGACAACUGCAGUCGGAACAGUCCCAGUCAAGUAG